UAGCCUGACUUAGGCGACGAUUUUCAGAGCAAGAGUUUCAUGGCAUAGCGUCUAUUAGCAUUCGACAAGAUCUAGAAUCUAGAUCUAUCGGCGGUUGAUUUUCAGAAAAAUAGGAUUCGCAGUCCAGUAAUAUUUUUUUUUUUUAUUUUGUUAUGGCUGAAGUUUUACAGUUUGAUAAAAAGGUGAUUUCCAGUGCAUUUUUUCCAACGCUGUCUACAGCAGACGAAAUAAACAACAACACUAUCGCUUCUAAUGAAUAUAGAUCUCGGGAUGCGAAAAAUGUUUUGACAAUUAAUUUGGAUAAUGUCUCUGAAUGCCUGGAAGUCAAAGAUGUCACAAUGGAGCUUCCCCGACAUAAAGAUCUAGAUCUAACCCAAAAAGGCAACACCGAGACUGAGAAUGAUCAUGAUGGCUGGCCGCAAACUCAAAAUGAUUUCAAGAAACAUUCUUCUAAAAGAUCUAGAUGUAUCACCGAGAACAAUACCCUGCAAAUCAGCAACGUAAUUUCUUUGGCAUCGGAAACCAGUGAUCUAUAUUUUAGCGGUAUGGACCAUGAUAACUGCAAAGAAGACACAAAGGAUUCUCUAAAAUCUCUUAAUUCUCAGUUCGAUGAUAAUCACAGCCAUACAAGAAGUUCUUCUGAUGAGUCAACAGAGAUUUCACACACAGAUUUCCAUGACAUGUACACCUUAGAAAAGAUGCACUUAGUAUUUGAUGAAACGCAGAGUUUCUUAGACAUUGACUCUAACAUGCUGCUGAGUUCAAGUGAGCAUUCCAAAAACAUGUUUGAUUCACACAUCUUCCCUGCCAGCUCAGAAUACCCUAUCAAAGAAGAGAGCACUCUCUCUAAAGCUGGUGGAGAGCAGUGCCCACAUGUUGAUGAGGACCAGUAUAAGAACAUUGAGUUCAGUGCCAUAUUUUCUUCCUUAGGAGAUUACAGCUGUGAUCAGGAUUCAUUGGAUGAAAGCAUCAUGUCCUCUAAUGAACAAAUGCCCUGGGUCCAGAGCAGUGCUAACAUUCAGAAUAGCUUAAUUAUUGAUUUAGAUAACCAACAGAGAACUACUGAUAGUGGUAUUUGUGAUGAUGAUGACAACCUGAAUGCUACAUCCAUACUAAUGGAAAGGAGAGAUGUUCAGGAACUUUAUAAUGAGAAAAGCUCAUUUGCCAUGGACUAUGAAGAUGUAUUUGAAAACAGAGUGACAAAAACAGACUGCAAAGAAUUAGAUUGGCAUAAUUAUUUUUACUCAAACCACCCAAAUACAAGUGACCACAACCUACCUAAUGUUGGCUAUAAAAAAUUGCCUCAUCCACAAAAUCUUCAAACACUGAAGCAGACUUCAUUUACAUCAACAGAAGUGAUGAGUUCAAACUUAGCCUACAGCGAUAACAUUUCUGACAGGCCAUUUCAUGACACUCUUUCACAGGAUCAUCAUGAGCCCUACCAGUUAGAACAUUUCUACUAUUACCCUAACCAAGAGAGUCAUACAGUAGGCUACUCAGAGUAUAACAAGUGGGCUGCCAAUGGAAACUGUAUUCCUGAUAGUCAUGACAUUACAAAAAGUUGUGCCCAAAGUUCUGAGGUAUCUCGUUGGGCUACUCCAUCUCCUAGCCUUAAGAAUGCCAUGUCACCAGACAUCAUUCCAUUUUCUCAAACUGAAGUCACUGAUGAUGAAGAAACUGAUGAUGCUGACGAGAUAGAUAAUCUAUCUGUAACAUUCUGCCACUCUAAGGCUUCGAUGCCUUUCAGCCCACAAUCGCUUACAGCUUCACCAAUGAGUGCUAGUACUCCCAAUUCAUCUCUGAGCCCAGAAAGUCAGGAGAGAGAAGAUUCAAGCAACUGUUGCAUAUGGCCUGUAUCACUCACAUGUGUAGGCAAACCCAGUGUCUCAGGGAAAAGUUUACUUAUACCCCAGUGUAAGCUGAGCACUGAACAGUUAGAGUCGACAUUGUUUUCUUAUGGCAUGGAACAUGGUGUCAAACGACCAUACCCAUCAAUGGCUGAUGUGAUGCGAAAAAAUCGCUUGGCAGCUCGAUCAAACUGCAAAAAAAUUGACAGUGAUGACUGUACCCCAGUUCACAGGCGUUGUGGUAGACCUAGAAAAAAUCAAAUUCAAUCAGCCAAGAUAAGCACAUCCACUUCAAAAACAACCAAAGCUAAGGUUAAGUCAAGUCUCAAAUCCAAAGGAUGUUUAACAGAGACAAUGCAGACUGAAGCUAUGGAUUCAGAAAAUGGUAAUGAUUUUGAAGAAGCGGGAAGCAGCAGCAAUGUCUCUCGCAGCAGCAGACAUAAUGAGCCCCUAAACCAGAGGGCAGUGUACAUAAUGUCAAAGUGGUAUGCAGAUAACAUAAAUAACCCAUACCCAAGUAAAUUUGACAAGGAAGAGAUGGCCAGAUACGGAGGAAUCACAGAGAAUCAGGUCAAGUCUUGGUUUGCCAACAAAAGAAACCGCACCAACAAUACUAAGCCAAAGGUUCAGAAGCGUGUCAUGGAGCAAAAGUUGCGUGAACUUUUCAAAGACCUGAAACACAACCAUGGUAACCCUUCAACAGACAAUACUCACAUAAUUCAACAACUGUCAGGAAUCUUACAGCAAUGUCACUCAAAGCCAAUAGAAUGAUAUUUAGAAAGAUUUUUGGUAUUUACUUUCAUGAAAAGUAUAUUUGACAUUUUCAAUUUUUGAGAAGCACUACAUUUUGGCAACACAAUUAAUGGACAUAGUAUUUUUUUUUUAAUUUAACAUUACUUAAUAUGCUCUUUAUUGAAGCUUAACAUUCAGUGAAAUAUUAAUAUUAUAUAUAUUUGAUAAUUUCUUUUCCCAUUUUGAAUUGGAAUGUCAUGAUUUAUAUGUAAUAACAUUAUUGUUGAGGAAUAACUUGUUAGUUAUUACACUAAGUGUGUGAAUGGCCAAAUACAUUUUAUAUAAUAGAACUAUUGACAAAUUGAUAACUGCCAGUUGGUACAGUAUGUUUUAUUUGUAGUAAGAAAAAUACUUAUGACUCUAUUCAAAUAUAAAAAAUAAUGGAUUAUUUGAAUCUUUUUACUAGUGCCAAUAUCCUUGAGAAUAAAACUAGUUGCUUAUUUUGAAGUCUAAAUUUGUUAGUGAAAUAGCUAAUUUCGUAGGUACAUGUAAUUGUACAAUAAAAAUUUCAACCACUUUAUUUAUAUCAGAAGAUACAUUUUUUAUGGUUACAGGCAACUUAAAUAGUUCAAAUUUGUCAAUCUUUUUACCCUUCCUCUGCAUCACCUCCCAAAACAAAAUAUUUAUAAUUAAGCUCCUACUUUUUAUUAAACAAAAACUCUUGAUAUUUGUGUGACAUUGACUGGCUCAAUACUUUUCCAAAUAUUUACUUUGAGAAAGAAAUCUUCAUAGAAAUUAAAUGCACACUGAACUAGAUUGAACGAAUUUCUAUAGCCUACAAUAACCUAAUUACCUUUUUAUUGUUUUAUUAAGUUCUGAUGUUUCUAGCCAUUUUUGCUCUAAAACAUUUUUUUUUUCAAAUUCAUAAGUUUAAGCUAAUGAAUUUUGUUUUUCUGGCAUUUAUUUAUAACAAUGUAUGCCAAUGUUAUACAAUGUUGAGAUGUAAAUUUAGAAUCUAGUGUUCAUAUUGAUAAAGUUCAUAUUAAUAAAUAUUUUUGAUAGGAACAUGAUGAGAAUGAACAUUGGUUAGUUGAGUAAUACUUUAAAAUUAAUUUUUUUAUUUACAUUUACUUAUUGUUGUUGUCUAUUUUAUUUAUUUAUUUUAUAUACAUCCAAUCAGUUAGCAUCAUAUAUAUUUUAUUAAGUCUUUUGCUAAAAUUGCUGUACCUAUUUAGUGCUUCCAAAAUAUGUGAUAUUUAUGUUCAUCUAGUUUCCUGUGUGAUAGUUUACAUUGUGUGUAUGUAGAGAGGUAAUAAUGUUAUUACUAGAAAUGUCUUAAGUAAAAUGUACAGUUCAUUAUACUCUGGUUGAACCUAAAGUUAAAACUCGUUAUUUCUCUGCCAAUUAAACUUUUUGCGUAUCAACUGAAUUACUGUGAUUUUGUUUUAUAACUUUUCCUCAAUGAAUGAAACAAAAUCAAACUUGUAAUUAUUUUAUAUAACUUUAUGCAAAAUAUCUACUCACAUCUAGCAGCCAUAUAGCCAUAUUUUUAUAUUCAUUUUACAAAUCAGAACAAAAACAAAUAUCUGAAAUGUACUUCAAAGUUUUUCUAGAAUUUAUGUUGGCAUUAAAAGUUGAUG